AUGGAAACGCCGGCUGCCGCGUGCGAGAUCGAUCGGCUGCCGGAGGAGCUCCUGCCAUCUCCCGCCAGCUGCGAGAUCGCGCGCCUGCCGGACGAUCUCCUCGCGACGAUCAUCACGCUCACGUCGCCUCGGGACGCCUGCCGCGCUGCCGCCGUCUCCCGGGCCUUCCGCGCCGCCGCGGACUCCGACGACGUCUGGUCCCGCUUCCUGCCCCGCGAUCUCCCACGGUUCGUCGACUCCACCGAGAUCUCCCUGAGCAUGACGCCGUCGUCGAAAAAGGAGCGGUUCCUGCGUCUCUCUGACCACCCCGCCCUCCUUCUUGGCAGAGUCACGAGCAUGUGGCUGGACAAGUUCACCGGCGGCAAGUGCUAUACACUGUCGGCGAGGGCGCUGGAUAUUUCGUCGGCCGGCGAUGAGCCAGACAACUGGCGCUGGACACAUGCCGACGUUCUCCGUGACGUCAAAACCGGCGAAAGAAAUCCGUGGCAAGAUACGGAGGAAGAUGACUCCAACUACGUCGCCUACAUGGUGUUCAAGCUAGCGGGCAAUGGAACUGGAGCCCAUGGACUGCAUUUCCCGUACCAAGAGGCAUCGGUCAGUGUCGGAGGGGGCGAAUCGACCUGGCAGUUGCGAGCCUGCCUCGAUGCCUACGACGACGACGGUGCCUUCCGUGUGGUGCCUCGAAACCUAGUGCAACGUGCUUAUCGGGAUUGGCCUGAUCGUGGAACACGUGACGUGUAUCUUCCCUGUAAAAGAGCCGACGGUUGGAUGGAGCUGGAGCUGGGCAAGUUCUGUAGCGAGGAGGAAGGUAGCGAUGACGAUGAGGUGUGCGUCGCAUUGACUGAGACGAAAUUUCUCAAACCAAAGGGCGGUCUGAUCGUGCGAAGCAUUGAGAUUAGAAUUAAGCAAUAA